AUAGUCAGUGAGGCUUUGGAGUUAGGGCUUACAUGGUAUCACCUGAAAAGACAAAAUAGCCCAGAAAUUAGCCAAAUGACUGACUUGACCUUAACAUCCUCAACAAAUUGCCGAGUUGCAUUCGCGCAUCAAUUUUGGAACUUCGGUUUCUUCGCCCGCCGUGAGGAAUUAGUAAUUCAGUAAAAUUCCAAUGUUCUACGAUCAUUCUUGAUUACAGAUAUUUAUAAGAUAUGAUUGUCGCAACGAAUCUGUGUUUCAGAACUAUCCCAACAACAUGCACAACCGUAAAGCAACAAAAGGAUCCUCCUCACCAACUCAACCUAGUAAUUCCAACAAAAACAAAGGCGUGCGAGUGUUUUGAUUUGCACAAGGAGCUUAUUCCAUAUGAAAAGGCAUGGUCUUGGCAGAAACAGAUCGUUAAACAGAAGAAAUCAUUGCUACAAGAACAUGAGGAUUGCCCAGAUACAUUAAUUGUUCUUCAGCAUAACCCUGUUUAUACAAUGGGCACUGGCAGCUCGGAAAACUAUUUGAAUUUUGACGUAAAGGAAGCUCCUUUUGAUGUUUAUCGAACUGAACGCGGCGGGGAAGUUACAUACCAUGGGCCUGGACAGCUGGUUAUGUAUCCUAUUAUUAAUCUUCGGAAUCACAAGAUGGAUCUUCAUUGGUAUCUUAGGACACUUGAGGAGGUGGUGAUUCGUGUUCUUUCAUCUACAUUUUCUAUCAAAGCUUCUAGGAUUGAAGGGUUAACGGGUGUUUGGGUUGGAAAUCAGAAAUUGGCUGCAAUUGGUAUAAGGGUAUCCAAGUGGAUAACCUACCAUGGGUUGGCACUUAAUGUCACCACAGACCUAACUCCCUUCAGCUGGAUAGUUCCCUGUGGGUUACGUCAUCGUCAAGUCGGAAGCAUAAAGGGGUUGCUUCAAGAAUUUCAGUCAUCUAGACAAUAUGCUGAGGCAAUUAAACCGUUUCCUGAUGAUUACCAGUUGAUUGAUAUCUCCUACAGGUCCUUGAUUAAGGAGUUUUCUGAAGUUUUCAAUCUUGAAAUCCAUCAAAAGGCCAUCACUGUGCCUGAAUUUUGGAGAGAGGACCAUUAAGCAGAUGGGAGAGCCUGAAAGAAGAGUAAAUUGCCUUAUGACAACAAGAUAUUUAUUAAUGCUUCUUUACCCUGCAAGUCAUGAACAAGUUACCUCUUCUCAGUUCCCAGAGCAGAAGCGUGUAAGAUUUGCUUAUCCUAUAACAUUAUAUGUCCAAAUAUGCAGAUUAUAGAAUUGAAUAAUUCUAGAAA